AUGACACAGCACUGCUACUCUCCUUACUCAUGUGCCCACUGUGAGCCCAUCGUUCGGCUGCAGUUCUACCCCUUCCAAACCCCCCAGGCAGAGAAGAACGGGGAGCAGGGCAGGGCCGUGCCCAAAACUCGCGCCCAGCUGGGACGCUACCUGUCUGUCAGCCGAGAUGGCAUCCUCAACUACUGGAGCGAGAGGUUCAAACUGACACGCACUGUCAAUUUGGACCAGCUGAAACGAGCCCCCCCCUCCACCUCCAUCCAACAGAUCUGGGUAACUGACAUGAUCUGCUUGAGCAACCUUAACCUCCUGGCCAUCGCCUCCACCGGACGAGACGUUGAGUUUUAUGACAUCAGCGCCAGCAAGUGUGACAUUGUAUUCUCUCUGACUGGACUGGAGGGCUACGUGGCUAAUUUCCCACACUGUCUGUGUCUGUCUAUAUGUCUGUCCAGGUCAGAUGGAACCAAAGCAGUGUUUUCGAUAGGGGACAUUGAGGGUUAUGUGUCUGUCUUCAUCUCCAGUGAUGUGCUCCAGUAUGGACUGUUCAACAGCGGGGCCUUUAAGUCUGGGGGGAAUUGCCGCAUCCCUGUCCCAGCUCUGUUGAAGAACACCUCCAAGUAUUUCCUGUGUUUCAAAGUGGCCCUGCACAGUAACUGGUGCCAUCAGAUCCGCUUUCUACCGGAGUUAAACGCUGUCGCCACCUGCUGUGCAUCUGACCAAACUUCCAUGGUUCUCACCACUGUGCCCCACUCUCAGAAGGCUAAAAUACACAACUCAUUCUUUCAGCUGAGGAAGGGAAUCCUCUGCUUUGACUACUCUCCCGAGUUUAACAUUCUGGUGACUGGAGGCUUUGACCGCAUUGUGAGGAUAUGGAACCCGUACGUGAACAACUGUGCCACCUCUCAGAUGAAGGGCCACUCCACAGCCAUCACACACAUCAUGGUCAACAGCAGUGACAACAAGAUCAUCAGCAUCUCCAAGGACAAGAAUGUGCGCGUAUGGGACCUGCAGGACUGUGCCUGUCUCCAGAACAUCCACUCCAGGAAUGUGACCAUGAGUCGCUUCCCUAUCUCAAGUGUCCACUACAACAGAGACACCAACACCCUAGUGCUGGCCACCUUUCUGAUAGGGGUUCUACAUGGAGUGGUGGAUGAUGUGGAUACUGUUCACAAGCUGCAGACAUCACAUGAGCAGCCCCUGUGUACAGCUCUCUAUAACACCAACUUCAAACAGGUAGUGAGUGGCUGUCAUAACGGCGUGGUGAGCGUGUGGGAAAUCCUGACUGGGGAGAAGAUCAUGCAAUUCCAGACAUCUCCGGAGAAGGCGGUGGAGGUGACGGCCAUGACGUUUGACGGGCCCAAGCGCCGCCUCAUCACGGGGUCCAAGGAUGGUAGCCUGCGCCUUUGGAACUUCAACAACGGAGCGCUGCUAGCUACACUCCCCAUACUGAAUGAUAACGAGGUGACUGGGGUCAUUUACAUCAACCAAAGGAUAUAUGUGUCCGGCUGGAGCAAAAGGGUCAUGUGGUACUUGGAUGUGAAGGAGGAUAUGGAGAUGGAGUACCGUAUCUGGAACCAGUACCAUGCCGAGGAUAUCUACUCCAUGCAUGCCCACGGCAACAAGAUGCUUGUGACCGCCUCCUACAGUGGUGACAUCAUCGUAUGGAACAUUGACUCGGGGCGGGCUUUCUGCCGCUUCAACGCCUGCGAGAGUUCGCGACCACUGCUGCCCAAUCGGGUGAUUGACAGGUCAGCUUUUGACAGAUUUGAGGUAUCAGAGUCUAAGGGCUCGUUUGAUGAGAGCGAAUGGACAGAUUCAUCAGAGGACAGAGGGGAGGCCACAGUCUCCCAGUCCAGCCAGGGGGUCUCAGUGGGGCCCGGUGCACCCCCUCCUCAUCCCCCUUCUCCUCAGGAGGACAAUGACAGCUCUUGCAGCAGCACCCCUGAGAUGAUCCAGGAGGAGUCAGGCGCUGAGAAAGAAAAUGAGAGAACUCAUCAGAAGAAGUCACCAAAGCAGCGGCACAAGAGCGGCAAACCUCAGCCGAUCAGUGCAAAAGAGUUAGAGAAACCCAGACUGGCUGUGGAGAAGGCUCUUUUCCUGGGAACCAGGGAGCGGAGCCCUGACACAGCCAUCCUGCUGACCAGUGCAGCUGACGGCUACGUGUAUGCCUGGUCCAUCCACCACCUGGGGGGGCUGCUGGGCAAGUUCCGGGCAGUCCACUCCGAGGGUACGGCCAUCAGCACCAUGUCUACUGAUCUGCAAGACCAGAUGCUGCUAACUGGGGACAGCACCGGCUACAUCAUGCUGUGGGACAUAGAGAGGUACUGCUUCUGUAUGCAAGGGGAGCGGGAGGGGAUGGCCCCUCUGGAAAAGGCCGUUCAUCUGCCCAGCCUCAUCCCCAGGUACUGUAAGGUGACUGGGCCUCGCAGGAUGAAGGUGGAGAAGAGAACCGAGGUGCAGCAUAGAGAGAGAACAUACUAG